AUUUAGAUUGAAGUAUCUUGUUCUUCCUUUCGAGAGUUUGAGAUGAAAAUACAAUUGUUUUUCACGUCAUAUCUCAGAUGUUGAGCCUAUUGUCAAAGUUCCCAAAUUUAUCGUUGUUUAUUAGGUUUAUUCAUUCAUUCCUGUGUUUUCGAAUUUAUGCAGAUCGGGUGGAAAAUUGAGACAUCCUUGAGUUAUCUAAAUUGUUAUUGUUUUCUGUUCCUAAUUUUGCUGCAGAUUAAAGAGAGAAAUUUAAUUAUUUCAAUACCAAAAAGAAAGGACUUUAUUUAUAAUCUGGUGAUGGCGGGUGUGCAGCAGAGAAUGAGCAAAAGAAACAACUAACUGCAAUUGGUUACCAGCAGAUUAAAGAGAGAAAUUAAAUUAUUUCAAUACCAAAAAGAAAAGGACUUUAUUUAUAAUCAGGUGAUGGCGGGUUGUGCAGCAGAGAAUGAGCAAAAGAAACAAUUAACUGCAAUUGAUAUCUUAGGCGAGAGAAGAAAGCGUGGGCCACUGUUUUAUUGUCCCUGUAAAGUGGCGAAAUUGGAGCACUCUGGGCAAGACAAGGAGGAGCUUCGUGGAGAGGAUCGGAUUAGUCAAUUGCCACAGGACAUCCUUGUUGCCAUUCUUUCCCGUUUGACACUUCAGGAAGCAGGAAGAACUAGUGUCCUCUCAAAUAAAUGGAGAUACUUGUGGACAUUUAUCACUCGUAGGUUGAACUUUGAUGCUUGGAAAUCGGUCUUGAAUUCGGAUUUGUCUCGUGGUGUAAGGAUCAACAGUUUUACGUAUGCAAGUUGGGUUAAUCAGGUUUUGAAACAUCACCAGAGUCCAUUUAUAGACGAAUUUAUAAUUUGUUUUUGCUUGGAUCAUCAUUUUUAUCAUCACGUCGAUAGCUGGAUUAAGUUUGCAUUUGGAAAGGGAGUUAAAAGGUUUGAAUUGAACUUGCUCAACGAUGGACCCUUAGAUUGCCGCCCAAGUUAUAAAUUUCCUAGCUUGGAAAAGUUCCAGUCAAGUUCAAAUACUGUACAAGGCAUGCAGUUGUAUGGCCAUGCGACCCGGGCUGUUGGUUCCAUUGGCUUUUCUUCCCUUACAACCCUCCGUCUCACAUAUGUUAAUGUUACCGACAAGAUUAUUGAGAACUUUCUGGGCAAUUGUCCUCUUCUCGAAGAAUUGCAUGUCGUAUGGUCAAAGCGCCUUCGGAAUCUAAAAGUUGUAGGUAUAUCACUCAAAUUGAAGUCCUUGGAGAUCUCCAAUUGCAUCAGUUUGAGAGGUUUGGAAAUUUGUGCUAUAAAUCUCGUGUCCUUUUCAUAUACUGGGCAACGCAUACGUCUGCUGCUUACAAAUGUUCCUGUUCUUUCAAAGUUCUCCACCGCCGGAGAUUAUUGUCAACAUUUAAUGUACAAAGAUCACAUGGAUUCGAGCUAUCUACAACAGCUAGAGAGGCUGAAGAUGAAAUUCGUUUCUGAGGUCUUUAAGGCCUCUAUAAGUUUUACCCAAGAAUUUACCAAACUAUGCCGUCUGAAGCAAUUGGAAUUGGAAAUCUGGGCUGAACUUGGAGAUAGCCUUGUCAUCUACACUUGCUUGAUUAAGGCGUGCCCUUCAUUGUCGAGAUUUGCAAUGCGAUAUACAAGGGCAAGGCUUUACCAUUUCGAAGAGUCAUCAACAUCAUCGGGUGAGGUGAGGCUCAAUGUAGUUGAAGAGGCGCGGGUGCAAGCGUCUACUAGAUUUCAGCACCAAUGCCUUAAAGUGGUGGAGUUGGCUGGUUUUAUUGGGCAUGCCGAGGACCUUGAGCUUGCUUCACACUUGCUUGAGAUUGCUGUCUCCCUUGAUAAACUGGUAAUUAAUCCCCGUAAUCCAUAUUUCCUUGACAACCCAGACAUCCCCAUGAAAAGUGAGGAUUUAGAAAGGGGUAGAAAGUGUGCAAGGCUGCUGGAAACAAAACUACCACCAAAAGCUAGUUUAGUGGUACUCUAAUUAGUCAUGAAGACUUUUCUAUUUUAUUUUCUUUUUUCUUCUCUAGUUGGAGUUUUGUAAUAUGGAAUGGAUUGUGACACAAGUUUUUGGACCUGGGUAAAGGAGAAACUGAGUUACUCCAUCUAAAUUCUUUGUGGAAA